UCCAUAGCACGUACGUCUUUCUUCCCUCCCCCCCUCCGCCUGCUCUUCACGCUCAUAAUCAUCGAGACACAGAGCAAACAUCCUUCAUCAAGAUACCAAGACAAUCCUCUCUCUCUCUCUCUCUCUUCUCUCUCUCGCGACAGCGCGCACACACCAGAGCAAUGAAGAAUUUCAUUUUCGCUGGGACUCUCUUCGCCUUGAUAGCUCUUGAUUUGUUAAGUUGCUCGACUGCUCUGAAGGAGGGACAAAUGUGCGUAGCAGACAGAAACUGUGACUCAGGCUUACACUGCGAGACGUGUGUCGCAAACGGAAACGUACGGCCAAGAUGCACUCGGAUCCAACCUGUUAGUCCAGCUUCGAAGGUGAAGGGGCUGCCGUAUAAUCGGUACUCGUGGCUGACAACGCACAACGCGUUUGCGAUGCUGGGACAGAAGUCGGCUACGGGCUCUGUGAUUCUCUCUCCCACGAACCAGCAGGACUCCAUUACCAGUCAGCUGAAAAGUGGUGUUCGAGGGUUAAUGCUCGAUAUGUAUGAUUUCAACAAUGACAUCUGGUUAUGUCACUCUUUCGGUGGCCAGUGCUACAACUAUACAGCCUUUCAACCGGCCGUUAAUGUUCUCAGAGAGAUCCAAGAUUUUCUUGCGGCAAACCCAACAGAGAUCAUCGCCAUUUUCAUUGAAGACUACGUAACAUCACCAAAGGGCCUCACUAAGGUGUUUGAUGCUGCUGGCUUGAGGAAAUACUGGUUUCCUAUAUCUAGAAUGCCCAUAAAUGGAAAAGAUUGGCCAACAGUAGACGAUAUGGUCCAGAAAAAUCAGCGUCUAGUGGUUUUCACUUCGAAAGCAUCUAAGGAAUCUUCUGAAGGGAUUGCGUAUGAGUGGAAAUACGUGGUAGAAAACCAAUAUGGGAAUGGUGGGAUGAAAGCUGGUUUAUGCCCAAACCGAGCAGAAUCAUCUGCCAUGAACACAUCAUCAAGGUCACUGGUCCUAGUAAACUAUUUUCGAGACGUUCCGGAUGUAACUCAAUCUUGUAAGGAUAAUUCAGCUCCAUUACUUAGCAUGUUGAACACCUGCACUACAGCGUCAGGGAAACGAUGGCCUAACUUCAUUGCAGUUGAUUUUUACAAGAGGAGUGAUGGUGGGGGCGCCGCAGAAGCUGCAGAUGUAGCAAAUGGUCAUUUAGCUUGUGGGUGUGGAAAUAUUGCCUAUUGCAAGGCAAAUAUGAGUUUUGGAGUGUGCGACAUUCCUGAGGCCCGUGUUGCACCUGCACCAGCAGCACUGCCGGAUGGCUCAAGCUUUGGUUAUUCGAAUAUGAAACCAGUUCACUUGCAAUGGACUUUAGGAACAGCUUUUGCGGCCCUUCUGUUGUCAUUUUGAAUUUUGAUGAUUUACCACCCUUGCACAUUUUCUGCAUUAAUGACAAGGAAUCUAACCAAAAGAUAACCAACCCAUUUGGAAAUUGGAAAAUUGUCGAAUGGUACUCAUGUGAUCACCAAGCAAAAGAAAAGCUGGCGUAUUUGUUUUGUUUUGUUAUUA